AUGAGCCAUUCGGAACGGGACGAAGACACUGCGGCAUUCUUUAAAGAAAUUGAAAACGAAGAAAAGCGCAACUUUGCAACUUGCAAUGCAGGCCAAGCAUUUGACGCUUUUUGGCAGUGUUACACCUUGGGAUCUCAAGCUAUUCAUUACUAUCGUUACGGUGAAAAGAAGGAUUGUUCCGGGAAAUGGGACGAUUUCAAGUUUUGCUUAAAGACGAAGCCUAAAUCGAGCCAAGUGGCUGAUGUAAGUGUUUAA